UAUUCAUGCCAAAUUGAGAUAACCAAUUAUUGUUUAUUUGUAUAUGCAUUGUAUAUACAUUCAUUGAUUGUUAACGUCAAUGUUUUAUGAUUUUUCAUCUCGUUAACAAUUCAUGAUUAACGAUCGAGAUUAAAAUAAUCGAUAGAACGAAAAUAAAUGACUUAUCAGCAUUAUUUUUCUUUAUUUCAAGUUUAGAUCUUUGAGUAUCAAGUUUGUUAAAGUGUUUCUUGUUCAAUUAAACGUUAUGAAUUUGAGUCAAAAAUGUUUAUCAAAUUUUGUUAUCGUGUGUUUUUUUUUAUUACAAUUUAUGAUAUUAUUUACAGUUACAUUAUCCAGAAAAAGUGAAGAAAGUUUGUGUAUUUUUUUUCUUUUUUUUUCAAUUGUUUCUUGCUCAACGUGUAAUACAUACAACGUUGAACUGUCUGUCUGUUCUUUUUUUUUUUAUUUUAUAUGGUGUUUUGUGUAUAAUAUACUUUCACCAAUUUUCAGACACUCUUCUUAAAUAUAUACAGAAAUAGUAGUAGUAGUAGUAGUAGUAAUAGUAUUACACACGAAUAAACUUUCAAUAUGUUAUGUGUUGGUGAGAUCAGAGGAAGUUUUCAAUGGCGGGAAUUUCAAAUCGUAUUGAACACACAAAGAAGUUAACUUCGCGAUCACAAUCCAUUCAUUAACCAGUUAAACGUGUUUGACGACUAUAUUCAUCAUGGAGAUGUGACCAAAUGUUCUGUUAUGACGACUAUAUACGUCAUGCGUAAAAAAUGUGAAGAAUACAGUAAACUGGUUUAUGAAUUUGAGGCAUCGCCUGUCCUUCGAAUCGGAGCCGGUUUUAUUAAUGUUUCACGUUGUGCUAUAGUUGAGACACCAUUGAUCGUUGGUGGUGUCAAAGCUAAAACUGCUGAAUUUCCACACAUGGCUGCAAUUGGAUUUGGUAAAAAUUUAUCAGACAUCUCAUGGGAAUGUGGUGGAAGUAUUAUUUCGGAGAAAUAUAUUUUAAGUGCAGCACACUGUUUGGAAUCACGCAAUAAAGAUCCUGCUACAAUGGUUAGAGUAGGUAUGAACAAUUUAGAAGAAAAUGAAGAUGGUUUACAAGAAAGAACAAUAAUACGUAGAAUAAAACAUCCAGAUUAUCGAUUACCUUCCAAGUACCAUGACUUGGGUUUGAUUGAAUUAGAUCGUCCUUUGGAAUUAAAUUCACGAGUUAGACCAGCAUGUCUUGAAGUUCAUUUUCAACCACCUGGAAAGAAAGCUAUUGCAACUGGAUUUGGUAAAACAGCGUUCGAUGCAACGUUUGGUAGCAAGGAUUUAAUGAAAGUGCAAUUGGAUUAUAUAUCAAAGAAGGAUUGUAAAAAACGAUAUCAAUUUGAUUUAGGUAGUCGUUAUUUACCUGAGGGAUUCAUACCAAAUUUGUUUUGCGCUGGAGUGAUGGAGGGUGGCAAAGACACGUGUCAAGGUGACAGUGGUGGGCCAUUGCAACGAGUACUCGUUCAUCCUUAUUGCACUUACAGCAUAGUUGGUAUAACAAGUUUUGGAAAAUUUUGUGCAUACAAAAAUUCGCCAGCUGUUUACACUCGUGUCAGUUCAUAUUUGGAUUGGAUUGAAUCAAUAGUUUGGCCACAAACAAAAUGAACAUGAAAUGAA